AAUCUGCUUUUUUAAGGAAUGGGAAUUCCAUUUGAGUUUAAUUUGCAAUAUCAAAAACGGUCUUCACUGGAGAAGAAAAUACUAUUUGCCUGGAUUAUAUGUGGAUGACAUUAAGUUUUUUGAGGAUUUAUGCUUGUUGGACUUCUAGGGCCCUGCAGGUAAUUACAAUGUUUAUGUGUGAUUAAUCCCUGGUGCAAUUGUUUGAUUUCUUAAUAUGGAAAACCUCACCAUGGACAAUAUGACCAUGGAGAAUGACACACUUGUGCACGACAAUCAAACCACGCUGGGUGUUUGGACUGACUACACAAGUGAAUACAAAGUGGUCAGCGUGUUUUUGGUGUCCCUUAUUUGUGGAAUGGGGAUUGUGGGGAAUGUGAUGGUGAUCAUGGUGGUGCUGACCACCAAACACAUGCGGACCCCAACUAACUGUUACCUGGUGAGCCUGGCCGCGGCUGACCUGAUGGUGCUGACGGCUGCCGGGCUGCCCAACAUCACCGACGCCCUGCACGGACAGUGGGUGUACGGCUACGCGGGGUGCCUGGGCAUCACUUAUUUCCAGUACCUAGGAAUAAACGCGUCCUCCUGUUCCAUCACAGCCUUCACCGUGGAGCGCUACAUCGCCAUCUGCCACCCCAUCAAAGCGCAAUUCCUGUGCACUUUAUCCAGGGCGAAGAAGAUCAUCAUGCUGGUGUGGGCGCUCACCUCCGUCUACUGCGUAAUGUGGCUCUUCCUCUCGGACACGGAAAAGUUGGUGUAUGACAACGUGGUGUUGCUCAGCUGCGCCUACAAGGUGUCCAGGAGUUACUACCUGCCCAUUUACUUCACGGAUUUCGCGGUGUUUUAUGUGCUGCCCCUCAUGCUGGCCACGGUUCUGUACGGACUGAUCGCCCGGAUACUUUUCCUCAACCCGCUGCCUUCUGAUCCCAUGAACAGCACCAAGAAAUGGAAGAAGGAGGCGAGUCAGGGGGGAAGGAUGAUCAGCACCUGCUCCUCCAGCAGCACCACGGCCACUUCGCGCAGACAGGUGACAAAGAUGCUGGCUGUGGUGGUAGUCCUCUUCGCCUUGCUUUGGAUGCCCUACCGGACCCUAGUGGUUGUCAACUCCUUCCUGGACGACGCCUACCUGGACACAUGGUUCCUGCUCUUCUGCCGACUCUGCAUCUACCUGAACAGCGCCAUCAACCCGGUCAUCUACAACGCCAUGUCCCAGAAGUUCCGUGCUGCUUUUAAGAAGUUGUGUCACUGCGGCCCACAACGUAUGGAGAAACCAGCUUCUUACAGUGUAGCGCUGACCUACAGCGCCAUCAAGGAAUCGUCCAAUGGGGAAAGUCCAGACCACUUCACUUCUGAGUUGGAAGAAAUGACCACGCCGACAGAUCAGUACUUACCUGGCGUUUUGCCAAGUAGCAAGAAGAUGCCGUUCGUAAAGCCCUCCCUGUCAGGGAGUAAUGUCAAAGUCUGACUAUAAACAAACGUUGCACUUAAAGACGGUAGCAGAGACUCAGCUGCAGCUGCAGGACGGAAUUAGUUUCCCAUGGGACUUUUUUUUGAUGAGAAGAUUUAAAUAAAAUACCCAGACACUAUUAAUUUGAUUUCACCAAGGUGUUUUCCCUUCCUUUUUCUUUUUGGCAAUACAAUUUUCCCAAAACAUAACAGGAUGCUAUUUGAUGAGCCAACUUCAGCAUUUUAUACAAAGCAAAUACAGGUAGCUUUCACAAACCUUGCAAAGACACAAUUUAUUGGUACAACAAACAGAAACUAAAUUGGAGUAUCCACUUCCCCCGUCCCCCUCCACACAAAACAGAACCAGACUAAUAUGCCACACUUAAUAUUGGGUAGUUUUGUUUUAUAUGAUGGGGCUGAGUGAU